CUGUUAUGAGGAAAAACCCUGAUAUUGUUAUCGCAACGCCGGGACGUUUAAUUGAUCAUUUAGCGAACACUCCAUCCUUUUCCUUGGACAGUAUUGAAGUCCUAAUUUUGGACGAAGCAGACAGAAUGUUGGAUGAAUAUUUUGCGGAGCAAAUGAAGCAUAUCGUGAAACAGUGUUGCAGAACUAGACAAACGAUUCUUUUCUCAGCCACAAUGACUGAAGCAGUAAAGGACUUGGCUGCCGUUUCCUUAGAAAAACCCAUCAAAAUUUUUGUCGAUAGCAACGAAAAUGUUGCCUUCAAUCUCAGACAGGAAUUCAUUCGUAUUCGAAAAGAAAGAGAAAAGGAUCGAGAGGCGAUUUUAGCUGCUCUGAUUUGCAGAACUUUUCACGAUCACACGAUGGUUUUUGUACAGACAAAAGUUCAGGCGCACAGGCUUCACAUUUUGCUGGGAUUACUAGGCGUGAAUGUUGGAGAACUUCAUGGUAAUUUGACUCAACCACAGCGUCUAGAAAAUUUAAGAAAAUUCAAGGAAGAGGAAAUCGACGUUUUAUUGGCGACAGAUGUUGCCGCUAGAGGUUUGGAUAUUAGUGGAGUGAAAACUGUUAUCAAUUUUGUUAUGCCUGCCACAAUCCAGCAAUAUAUUCACAGAGUUGGACGAACAGCGAGAGCGGGACGAGCCGGAGUUUCCGUUUCCCUAGCCGGAGAACAAGAACGUAUUUUAGUCAAACAAGUGAUCAAACAAGCUAAAAAUUCCGUAAAAAUGCGUAUAAUACCCGUGGAUAUUAUCGAAAAGUAUCACAAAAAAUUACAGUCCUUAGAACCGGAUGUAGACCGAAUUCAAGCGGAAGAAAAAACUGAAAGCGAGUUGUUGAAAAUGGAAAAUCAAGCAAACAGGAUGGAAAAUUUGCUGAAGGGUAGUAACGAGAAGAAUAGGAGGAGUUGGUUCCAGACGAAGAAGGAAAGAAAGGACGAAAAAGAAAGGCUGCAACUUACUGAGUCGAAACCAAAAUCAAAAAAGAGGAAAGAAUCUUCGAGUUUGGAGGGAGAGAAGGAGAAAAAAUUAAAGAAGAAGAAGGAGCCUGUAGACCCGGCCGAAGAAAGAAUAAAUAAAGAAUUGGAAAAGGUCGCGGCCUAUCAGGCAAGGUUGGCAAAGAAAACAAACAGGCAAAAGAAAAUCAGAGCGAUGGUUGACGAGAAGGGUCGCCCUAAUGAAAAGAAAGGAGCACGAAAGAGGACGAAAUCAUCUUUCGCUGAAGAUUUGACCGAUACGAGCAGAAAAGGAGUGAAAAGAUUGCGUUAUGAAGCGAACGACAAGAAGCAGAAACCCGGAAAAUUUUCACCGGCUGGAAAAGGACAGAAAAAAUUCGGGAAGCCUUCACCCUCGAGGGGAAAAGGACAGAAAAAACCGUUUGGAAGACGUUGAGACUUUAUAUAAAUGAGUGUAUUUCUGAAACCAAAUGAAUAAUUCCAAUAUUUCA